AUGGACACUUCGCCGCAACUAGCCUACCUCAUUGCAAAGAUGGCUCAGGAACAACCAGAGAAGCUGCCCACGCCGGCAGCAUGUACCGCAGACUUCUGUCUCAUUCCGCUCGGCACACCAACCGCUUCGGUCUCGAAAGAGGUCGCUGAAGUGCAACGCUUCCUCAAAAAGACUGGCAUCAAAUACUCCAUGCACAGCGCAGGAACAACCCUCGAAGGAACAUGGGACGAGUGCAUGAAGGUUAUCGGCCAAUGCCAUACAAUGCUGCAUGCGAGAGGCGUUCUGCGGAUUCAAAGUGAUAUUCGUGUCGGCAGCAGGACCGAUAAAAAGCAGAGCUUCGAAGACAAGAUAAAUGCAGUAGAGAAGUUGCUGGCAGCUGACGAGGCUGAAGAUGACGCGGACGUUGGGGAAAUCACCUACUCCAAGUAG